CUACUCCGGAGCACAUAGUGCCCAGCAAUCCCAGCCACAACAGCACCAGCACCGAACAGUCCUCGAUGUACACGUCCGACACCACCAGCAACCCACUGCGAGCGAGGAUCGAGAGGAGCUUACCGAGCCUCUUUUGCAGCAAGCAUCGUCCACCGGCCAACCGGGGCCCACGGACGGACCUAUAAAUGGUGACCAUCAUCACAACUCUAGCAGACCUAGCGAACUGCCAGCUGCCGUCGCCAAGUUGUCGGCUCAACCGCAGGAAAUGGGAACGGGAUCUCAUGGUGGAGAACCACCGAAACUGUCACCUUCAUCAUCCGUCUCUUCCUCUUCGCUAUCCUCGAAAGCCUCGAAAACCUCCAAAACGUCGUCUAAUCGGCGGGGUCGGUUGCACAAGAGCCGAUCGAAGGAUGCACAAACGGAAAUCGAGCAUCCCAAGGCACCGCUGGUCGUUGCCGAAGAUUCGGAGGAUCUCGACGAUGACGACGACGUGGAGGAGGAGGACCAAGUGGCGGCCGAUGCUAUCGUAGCGUCGUCGUCGUUAAAAUCGGCCUCAUCAUCUCGUUCGACGAUCGUCAAUCGAGGGCGGUAAGGGAUGUGUGCGCAUCGGUGGCGCGCAUCACUCUUUUUUGUGAUGACAAAUCAUUGCGGUAGGAAAAGAGGGCAAGGUGAAGGGUCUUUUGUAAUAGCCAAGAGUAACACAACAGAGUACUGAAGACCACCAGAGCGGGGCAGCACUAUUUUCAUAAAUCAUUUUUCACUUCCGCCAGCUCAGCAAGCCGAUGGUCCAUGAAUUUAGGAGCGGGAUGUGUGCUGUUGCUCUGCUGGCAAAUCAAAGCUUAGUGCUGCGGCUAUGCAUUUCUAUUGACUGUGUGGUAGCUCUAUAAGGGCCGCUGGCAGGGGGGCAUGGUGCUUGUAAAAAUACUUUUAAGACAUUCCCGUUCGAGUCCAGACCAGAAUCGUGGGGACCCGGGUAGAGAGGAGAAAGAAAGAAAGAUAGAGAGAUCGAGAGAGAGAGAAAGAGAGAGAGAGAGAGAGAGUGAGAAAGCUAAAGAGAAAGAGAAAGAGAAAGAGAAAUAGAGAGGUAGAGGUAGUAUAUGGAUGCAUUGCGUUUGUACAGGUGUCUUGGGCAGGGUGCAGGCGGUAUGAGGGGAGUAAUUAUCUCCAACUAAAAGUAUGCUUGCGUUUGUAUGUGCGCGAGAGUGACCGUGGAGUGCGUGUGUGCAGAUGUCAAUGACAUAACAUAAAUGUCCAAAUGAAUAUUCCUAUUAUACGCACUGUAUCUCGGUUCGUAAUCUUGUAGUCCAUUAAUUCAUAGGGAAAGCCUGUCAUGCAAGAGUUUGUGUUUGAGAAGGAAAAAUUGGGAAGGAAAAAGGAGAGAAAAUGUGAGGAUAAGAUAGUGAUAAUAAGUGUGCGAAGGAACUAGGUAAACGAUGUAAUCUUAUUUAGAGAAUGAUUGAUCAUAGGAACCCAAAGGUAAAAAUGGAAAAUGUUUCUGACGUUAAUCGAGUGAGUCGUAUGAAUGGUGAGAGUUGUUUGUGCAAAAGGAUGCGAAGUAGUUGGUAUAUGAAGCUAGUUUUAGAAAGAAAACGUUUUUGACCAGAGCAGAUUGUGCCGCGAAGGUACUGGUUUAAGUUGGAAGAGUAGGAAAUGUAUUAACAGCCCGUUAAACGAUUGAUCUGUUGCUUGUUGUUGGUUUUAACAGUAUACUGUUGGGGGAGAUGAGUGAGUAUGGCUUAACGAUGGUGAUGGUAAUGGUGUGCAGUGUCACACUAGGCAAGCAUAUCGAUGACAUGGUUCCACGCUGUUGUCAGUCAAAGAAAUCUAAAUCAGGUUCGGCAAAUGGCGGUGGAUGAGGAUGAGUUCAGAAACAGAAACAAGCAGUCCGGUCUAUCCUAGUUCCACGGUAUCGCUCACGUGAAGAGGAAAGAUGCAUACAACAUUCAAUGUCUAGAAACACAAAAACCAAUGAUACCGUUUAUUGUAUAUAGUGGAAACCCAGGCAACCAUCACAGCAUCCGGAACAAUCGUAAAACCGAGGCACUGAAGGGGUAUUCAAAUCGGUGUACCUCGGAUACGAACCAAAUGCAAAGCGGUGGCAGCGACAGCGGUAGAGUAGCGCGAAACGUCAACCGUUUAAUUUCGGGCAGGUAGAAGUGUCUGAGCAAAGCUACCGAAACAGUUCGAUAGCUGGUUCGUGUGGGAUUGCAGCACACUGAAACGCCAUGACUGCUACGACUGUUCCGUAUCUUUUUUCUUUUAAUCUGCAGACUCAAGCUUCUUGUGAUUCCAUUUAUAGUAAAUUGCAAAAGUAUUCUCUUUCGUGUCCUGCACUCGCCGGCAGAGGUAGGGUAGUAUGUGGGAUGUGGUUAAUAUAUUUCUAAUUAGAAUGAUGUUGAUCGAUUCUUUUGUUGUUGCUUUAACUGGCCGGUGGAUACAAGCACUAUCGUUUCAUACAAAGCGUCUCAGCCUAUGCUGAUUUAGUUAUGACACUGUUUUGUAAGCGACUUCCUCCGUUGGAUUCUGGCCAAAGGCUGAUACGUUAUUGCAACGUGGUCGUUUCCGUUACGCAAAUAUUUGUUUUGCUUGUUUCGCUUGCCGUUGAUUUCACAACAGACGAACGGGUGAAGCUUGACAUUCUAAAGGAGAGGGCAAGAGGAUGGGUGCAUAAGGGGCAGAUAUAUGAGGGAUAAAUGAAUUAUUUGAAUCGUGGAGCAGAAACAAACAGGAAAAAAUACGAAGUUAUGAAAAUAAAUAAUGAAGAGUAAAACAAAAAGCCUAAACCUUGCAUCUAUUCAGCAUCGCCAAGAAACAAAAAGAAACAACUGCAUGAUGGAGACGCAUGGCAGCUCGUAAAAGGGAACUCGGUUACUAGGCAACUAAGUUGGUGCAUGCGAUCAGUAUCGGGAAGAGCGCGCUUUCAACUGGACAGAGAACCCGAGUUCUUUU